AUGUCAUCAAACAAUCUAGCAAAUGAUGGCUCCAAAGAAGAGGUUGGAACCUCAACAGCUCAUUCGCAGCACCUAGAACGCCUUCACACCGCAGGUGGUCAUUUAGAGGACCGCACCCAACCAGGAUUGCCCGUUUUUCAUCGCAAGCUCGCGAAUCCUUCACCUUUGGGGCUCAUAUCGUUUGCUACAGAUAUGUUCCUCAUAUGCUCGUUCGGACUACAUGCCAGAGGGAUAUCCAGUCCAAAUGCGAUGAUGGGAGUCCUGGUAUUCUUUGGCGGUAUAGGCCAAUUCAUCGUUGGAAUCAUGGAAUUUGUCGCUGGGAAUACGUUCGGCGCGACCGUUUUCACCUCUUACGGUGCGUUCAACCUAUCCUACGCCAUGAUAUAUAUUCCAGGAUCAGGUAUCAUGGCCGCCUAUACCGAUUCGUCAACGGGCGCACUGGUGCCUGAAUUUUAUCAGGCAGUGUCCAUAUAUCUGUGGGCAUGGUUCAUGGUAACUGUUCUCUACACUAUUGGAGCAAUGAGGUCUUCUUGGGUCUUGUUCCUCGACUUAGCUUUCCUGGAUCUCAGCCUGCUUCUUCUGGCAUGUGGGUUCAUGGUCCAGAAUGAGAGUGUGCUGAAUGCAGGAUACGCAGUCGGAUAUAUUGUCAGCUUUUUAUCCUACUGGGCUGGAUGCGCUGGUCUAUGGAGUGGUGGUGUGACUCCUAUCAACCUUCCGACAUUUGAGAUGUAUUCGCCUGUGUGA